GCAUUUAUUUUGAAGGCGGUGAUCAGCGGAGGUGCAGUGGUUGUUUCCGGUGGUUGUAUUUGGUCUGGCUCGGCUCGGCUCGGCUCGGCUCGGACCAGCAGCAGUAACCCAGUGUGUGACCGCGGAGGGAAGAUGUCGGCUCCUGCUCUCUCCAGUCGGGCAGGCUCGGCGGGAAGCCUCGGGAACAGCCCCACCAUGGCCGGCGGGAGGCUGCCGCACGGCGGCGGAGGAGGCGGCGGCGUCGGGCCCGAGCUCGACUUCAGGUCGGCGGCCCGUAUGGAGGACCUGAACCGGCUCAUCCAGGAGUUCAGCAAGCACGACCAGCGGGAGUACGACGACCAGCGGGCUCUGGAGAUCCACACGGCCAAGGACUUCAUCUUCUCCAUGCUGGGAAUGGUCCAGAAGUUGGACCAGAAGCUCCCGGUUGCCAACGAGUACCUCCUCCUGUCGGGUGGCGUCCGUGAAGGUGUGGUGGACAUGGACUUGGAUGAGCUGAGUGUGUACGCCCGCGGUACCGACUACGACAUGGACUUCACCCUGCUGGUACCGGCGCUGAAGCUCCAUGACCGCAACCAGCCGGUGACCCUGGACAUGAGGCACUCGGCGCUGGGCCACUCGUGGCUCAGCCUCCGCCUCUUCGACGAGGGCACCAUCAACAAGUGGAAGGACUGCUGCACCAUCGUCGACCACAUCAGCGGCACCACAAACUACUUCUUCUCUCCGACGCUGGUGGCCGACUGGUUCUACCAGUCCAUCUCGCUGGUGCUGCUGGAGGUGCAGAAGAAGCCGCAGAGAGGCAUGCCGAGGGUGGAGAAGGUGGAGCGUAACGGCACCGUCAUCUCCGUCAUCCUGGGUGUGGGCAGCAGCCGCAUGCUGUACGACAUCGUCCCUGUGGUGUCGUUCAAAGGCUGGCCAGCCGUCGCUCAGAGCUGGCUGAUGGAGAACCACUUCUGGGACGGGAAGAUCACGGAGGAGGAGGUGAUCAGCGGCUUCUACCUCGUCCCCGCCUGCUCCUUCAAAGGCCGCAAGGAGAACGAGUGGCGGCUGUCGUUCGCCCGCAGCGAGGUGCAGCUGAAGAAGUGCAUCUCGUCCAGCCUGAUGCAGGCGUACCAGGCGUGCAAGGCCAUCAUCAUCAAGCUGCUGUCGCGGCCCAAAGCCAUCAGCCCGUACCACCUCCGCAGCAUCAUGCUGUGGGCCUGCGACCGCCUCCCCGCCAACUACCUGUCGCAGGACGACUUCUCCGCCCACUUCCUGCUGGGUUUGAUCGACGACCUGCAGCACUGCCUCAUCAACAAGAUGUGCCCGAACUACUUCAUCCCACAGUGCAACAUGCUGGAGCACCUGUUGGACGAGACCGCCAUGCUGCACGCCCGCAAACUGUCCUCGGUGCGUUCCGACCCGGCCGAGCACCUCCGCACCACCAUCGAGCACGCCAAGGCCGCCAACCGGCUCACGGUGGACCUGCAGUGGCGAGGCAGCGCCAACAACCUGCCGUCACCGCAGUCGGACGCCGGCGGCGAGAACCAGCCGGACGACCGGCUCGCCAAGAAGCUGCAGCAGCUCGUCACAGAGAACCCGGGCAAGUCCAUCUCCGUGUUCAUCAACCCGGACGACGUGACGAGGCCGCACUUCCGCAUCGACGACAAGUUCUUCUGAGACACCUCCUGCUCCUCCUCCUCCUCCUCCUCCUCCUCCUCUCACCUCCUCUGAAACUUCUUUUGUACAUUUUUUAUGUUUCCGAGUGACGUGAGGUGAUCGUCGUCAUGUCUGCCGUUUUUUUAUUUUUGUUUAUUUUUCUACUUCCUCCUGCUCCUGCUCCUCCUCCUCCUCCUCUUCCUCCUCCUGCUCCUUCUUCUGCUCUUCCUCCUCCUCCUGCUCCUCCUGCUCCUCCUCCUCUCACUGUGUGCCCUGUGUUUUACCUGCUGAAGCCUUUUCUCUGAUCCCAGCAGGUCGUUUUUAAACUGAACGUUGACACUAAAUCCACCUGAAGACCAAACUCUGAUCGUCACAAGGGCGAAGUCCUAAAAACAUCCAGUCCGGUCUGGUCUGGUCUGGUCCAGUCUGGUCUGGUCCGGUUCAGGUUUCUGAAUGUUUUUCUACUUUCUAACGAGACGUCAUGAUUAAAGAUUAAUUGAAUUAAUAAUUGUUAAAUGAUUCAUCAGGAUUUAUUCAUUUAAAAAUGUUUUUCAGACAAACAUGAAAUCAAAUGAAGAUUUAAGACGAUGAAAACAAAUGACGUUAAAUAAAUAAAACACAUUUAAGGUCCUUUUAGAUAUAAAUCUCUGGACCAAUCAGAACGACCCUCCACCCCCACCUGAGGGUCUAAAGGUUAAACUUGGUUCGAGCCGCUGCGGCGCGUUUAGUGCCCGAAGUGACGGAAACGUUGUUUCAGCGUCUCUGAGGUUAGACCAUGACGAGUUCUCAAGGAAGCUGGUGGAGGGUCGAGGUGACGAGUCCGUAACGAGUCCGUAACGAGUUAUUAACGACAGUCAGAACCAGAACUUCAACAUGUGGCCAAAGUUCUCAAACAUUUCAGUCUCACUGAACCCUCUCAGACCUCGUUAGAUCGGACCAGACCAGAUGUUGCGUUUAAAGUCUCCAACAGGACUGAAGCUGACAGAGUUCAGUCUGAAGGUGGUCUGAAUGUCUUGAUGAUGAUGAUGAUGAUGAUGAUGAUGAUGAUGAUGAAGGUACUAACGUCUUAGUCACUGUAAAUAAACUGAACACUGACAGUAGACAGGAAGUGACAUCGACAGACUGACGAGGACUUCCUCUGAUUUUGCACAGAAUGUAGAAAAACACUUUGGACGGACGGCGAGCUCGUUGUCGUAAUGACGUCACGUGACAUCACGUGACCCCGCUGACGGUGGUCGCGCCGCACGCCGUAAACGUGGACACUGCAGUGAUACCUCAUCACAGGCUCAACCAAUCAGAGUGCAGCAUCACCUCCACAGUUCGACACUCAGGUUCACCUGCUGCACCACGACCACCGUCACAGGAAGUGACAUCACUUAUUCCACUUUCACUUUGUUUGUUUUUUUUUAUCAGAAGGGAUCGGCCCGACCCGUCGAUGGUCCGACUCGUUCAGAACGACUCAGCUCGUCUGAGGAUCAUUAACAAACAUUGAUCAGCUGAUCAACUGAUCGCCGUAACGACAGAUCACAACACAGGAAGUCCAUCUGCUCACCUGCACAGGUACAAGGUUCGGUCCAUGCCACGGUGACCCGGGUUUGAGUCCAACCCGUCUUCACUGUCUGUCUCUGUGUUCUGAUCCGGUCUGUUCUGAAGAGUCGACACGUUUUUUUUUUUUUUUUUUUUCUUCAAACAUUUCCAGAAAAAAGCCAAAAACUCCUGAAAAAUAUCUGAACGGUGACGAGACCACGUCACCCUCAAGUGCAAUUAGUGACACACACACACACACACACACACACACACACACACACACAGUGUAGCAUUCACACACUACAGCUCCAUAAACACACACUGACACACUCAGAGGGUUACACACCAUCAAAGUGCCACACACACUCCUGCUCUGUGGAAAUGUAAUCAGUGUGUUCUCCUGAGCGCCAUGACCUUUGACCUUGUGUUUGUCCUGACCCUUUGAACUGUGACCUUUGAGUUUGCUGCUCCGCCUCCUGAUUUCUUGAUGCAGCGUUGACGUGUCGAUGCUCCGACCUUCAGGCGGCAGCUCCUCCUCCUCCUGCUCCUCCUGCUCCUCCUCAUAAAACUGUUCGUCUGUCCUCAGUGACCUCAAGUCUGAAAUACGCUGGGCGGGUCGUUGAGGUCACCUGUGGGUCGUUGAGGUCACCUGUGGGUCGCUGAGGUCACCUGUGGGUCGCUGAGGUCACCUGUGGGUCGUUAGCUGAGCAGUCAGAGGACAUCAGAGGGAAAAGCGACAGAUAUAUUGUGUCUACAAUCUGAUCCAGUUUGAAUAAAGUUCUGAAGUUGUGGUUCUGUUCAGUAAUCAGUGACAGACUGGAUCAAACAGGACUGUCGUUAAUUAGUGAGUCAGUCAGGUGACGUAGGUAAAUUAAGGUGUCGUCUGCAUCAAACCCUGCAGAGCUCAGAUUAACGUAUCAACAUGUGACAGUGAACGCAGCGCUCAGAGUCCGGCUCUGCCGCAGCUCGUUCAGAUUCAGGACGCCGUGACGACGAUGAUGAUGAUGACGACGACGACGAUGAUGAUGAUGAGGAAGCUGCAGACAGACAGAAGCAGCAGUGCUGAGGUGGAGCAGGUGGAGCAGGUGGAGCAGCUGUCGUCUGAGCGUCUGUCCCUGCUGUAAAUAACACUUGAUUAAAUAACUCAAACUCUU